AAUUAGCUUAAUUAGCUGUCGUUUCUAGCCGUUCAAAUGCAAACGCCAACAGAACCCAGACGUCGCAUAAGUCAACUUUUUGUGUCUUUUAAAAUAAUAUUUUAAAGUUUAGGAUGUACCCCCUGACGGAGGAGCUGGCGAAUGUUUUUGCAGAAGACUCUGAGAACGAUAAAACAUUUUACGGUUUUGGUGACGAAGAGCUGAGUGACCACUGCAAUCAGAAUGCUGACAUCCCAGGUGAAGAUGAAAGCCGACCUUCUCUUCUCUGCAAGCAAACUACUUCCAAAACAUUCCAAUUGAGAGUGGCGCUUCGCUCGGCUCCGUCAGACCAAAAUUCCACCGAUGAGGAUGGAGAGUGGCUGCAAAAGACAAGGGUGAAGACAAGUCAGACAAAGGAGGACGAAGGUGUUACAUCCGAGGAAGACCAGACCAGAGUGGCUGAAGAAUGUAAAGAUGCGUCUGACUUCUUCCUGGCCAAGAGGGAACAAAACAUCCGAGCCAACAAAGCAAUGCUGGCUCAGCUGAUGGCCGACCUGCAGAAGAUGCCUGGAAGUGCUGCUUUUCUGAAAAAGUCGGAAGAAAAACUAUCUAAGAAGAAGCGUCCACCUCGCUCUGGAAAGGAGUCCAGAAGGAACCCAGAGCGCUCAUCCCGCAGACACACCCGCUCUAUGGGAAGACAGGAGGCCCCCCAGGAAGCAGAUGUGGACCUCAGCUUGGAGGAGGAGCUUCUUCAAGUUCGUGAAGCCCUGCGCAAACGUGGGACCCAGCGAGCCAAUCCCAGCAAGCCUCACAUCAUCAGGCCCGUAGAGGACAUCACUGAGGAGCAGCUGCAACUGGUGGCAGACAACAUGACCGACAAGGUCUACAACAGAGUUACUGGCUCCACGUGUCACCAGUGCCGUCAGAAGACCGUUGACACAAAGACCUGCUGCCGCCACCAGGAGUGUCGGGGCAUCCAGGGUCAAUUCUGCGGGCCGUGCUUAAGGAACCGAUACGGGGAGGACAUCAGGAAGGCCCUCCUUGAUCCGGACUGGACUUGUCCUCCCUGCCGAGGUAUCUGCAACUGCAGCUUCUGCCGCCUGCGAGAAGGCCAGUGCCCCACGGGGAUCCUGUUCCCUCUGGCUCAGUACCACGGCUUCACAGACGUCCACUCCUACCUCCGCAGCCUCCAACACAAAGCCAAGAGUGAGAGUGCAGAUGUGAGCUGAGCAUUUACCACAAACAAACGAUGGUCAAAGAGCCACUAGAUGACAUGGGUGCUCUGCUGUUUUUAAGGAUUUACUAAAAACAAACAAACCUUAAAGAUCCUAUCUGAAAGGGAACACGUCGCAGUUUUUGUCACUGUCCAUACAACGGCUGUUUUUGAGGGACUACUACUGCAAAAACACAACCCCCAAAGAUUCUCUUGACACGAGUGUUCUGCUGUUUUUUAAUCUCAAAAAAGGCAAGUCAAAGAUCCUCUGCGGGACAGGAGUGCUCUGCUGUUUCAAAGGAGCUACUGCAAAGAUCAUCUAUAUGAUUGGAGUGCUUUGCUGGUUUUGUGGACCGACUG